UAAAAUUUUAAUUAAAGUUUACAAUAAAGAUACCAUCCUAUGUAUACAACUAAAACAUGCGAUUGUGAUAAUGAAUCGAUAUACACUUAAAUUUUCAUACAAAAUUAAGUAUGAAUACAAAGUUAUAAUUAUGUCGAAUACAUAUAUAAGUUAUGUGCAAGCUUAAAAGUAGUAUUCUGAAUCUGAGUUUCAUCGUGAACAGAGUCCAACAAUUAUUACUUUUAAAAAAACAUAAAUCGAAAUUAAUCAUGCAAUGUGAGCCAAAGUUAGACACAACAGUGUGGGAUCCUCUUCAAAUAUUUAAUUAUCACAUGCAUCAUAAGUAUGCUGUUGUUAUAUUAAACAGUCCACUUUAUUGGAAAGAUGACAUUUUACUUCAAAUUUGGAAAAAAGCUCAGGUUAAUGUUACUGUUGAUGGUGGAACGUACAAGUGGCUGCGUUACUUAGAAGAGCAAGGUAUUGAUUUAUUAAAUGAAAAUCAUACUGAAUAUGUACCAAAUUUAAUUACUGGUGAUAUGGAUAGUUGCUCUCCUUUAAUUCUUGAAAAGCUAAGAAGUAUGGGUGCAAUGAUUAUUAAAACACCUGAUCAAGAUCAUACAGAUUAUACGAAAGCUUUGUUUGAAUUGGUAAAAUAUGUUAAAAAAAAGAAUGUAAAGUUAAAUAGAAUAUACGUGUUUGCAGAUACUUCAGGGAGAUUUGAUCAUAUUAUGGGAAAUAUUAAUACGCUUUAUAAAAGUGAUAAGAUUAUUGAACCACAAUUACAAGUGAUUCAACUUGCAAGCAAUUCAUUGACAUGGAUUUUAAGACCAGGUCUUCAUAGUAUAAUUAUCCCUAAGAUUUUGGUACAAAACAAUAGCUGGUGCGGGCUACUACCAAUUGGGGCACCUGUUAACUGUAUAGUAACAACUGGUUUAAAAUGGAAUUUGAACAAGGCAACAUUACAAUUUGGUAGUCUGGUAAGUUCUUCAAAUACAUAUGAUAAUUGCUCUGAAGUAACUAUAAAUACAGAUUCACCAGUGAUAUGGACUAUGGGUAUAGAACCGCUUCAAAAAAAUAUAAAUAACUAUAUAUCAUCAAAUGCUUAUUGAUGAAAUUUUGAUUUACUUAAAUGAUUUUCAAUAUCUUAGCUACAAAUUGUUUGUAUAAUAGAAAAGAAAAUAUUUUGAUAUUCUAUACAACAUUCUACAUUUUAAAGCAUUAUAGAAAGUAUUACAUUAUAGAAUUAAUAUUAAUUUACUGUAACUUGGAUAUGAUCAAAAAUUAUGUAUG